CCUGGCGGCGGGGAGCGGAGGCAGGACCCGGGCCUGCAGCCCUGGCCGGGCGGACGAUGACUUGCUACCGAGGCUUCCUGCUGGGCAGCUGUCGACGCGUGGCGGGCGGCCGGGCGGCGGCGCUGAGGGGGCCGGGUGCAGCCGGUCCUUGUCCUCCUUGUCCUUGGCCGCGUCCUUCUUCUUGAAGCGCCGCCGCCGCCGGGCAGCCGCAGUCGCGCGAGCUGGCAGGCUGUGGCAGCCGCCCCGACGGCGGCUUCCGCCCAUCCCGGGUGGUGGUGGUGGCCAAAACCACCCGGUACGAGUUCGAACAGCAGAGGUACCGUUACGCGGAGCUCUCAGAGGAGGACCUGAAGCAGCUGCUUGCCUUGAAAGGCUCAAGCUACAGUGGACUGCUUGAACGACAUCAUAUUCAUACCAAAAAUGUAGAGCAUAUUCUAGAGAGUUUACGGAAUGAGGGAAUUGAGUUUCGUCUAGUAAAAAGGAGAGAAUAUGAUGAAGAGACUGUUCGAUGGGCAGAUGCUGUCAUAGCUGCAGGAGGUGAUGGCACAAUGCUUCUAGCAGCAAGUAAAGUUUUGGACAGACUUAAGCCAGUUAUUGGAGUAAACACUGAUCCAGAACGGUCUGAAGGUCAUUUAUGUCUUCCAGUUCGAUACACACAUUCCUUCCCAGAAGCCUUACAGAAGUUCUAUCGUGGUGAGUUCAGAUGGUUAUGGAGACAGCGUAUCAGGUUGUACCUUGAAGGGACAGGCAUAAAUCCUGUUCCUGUGGACCUUCACGAGCAGCAGUUAAGUCUAAGUCAACAUAGUAGAGCCUUCAAUAUUGAAAGAGUCCAUGAUGAAAGGUCUGAAUCUUCAGGACCCCAGCUUUUGCCAGUGAGAGCCCUAAAUGAAGUCUUUAUUGGAGAGAGUCUAUCCUCCAGGGCUUCCUACUAUGAGAUUUCAGUUGAUGAUGGUCCAUGGGAAAAACAGAAGAGUUCAGGGCUCAAUUUGUGUACUGGAACAGGAUCAAAGGCCUGGUCAUUCAAUAUUAACAGGGUUGCAACUCAGGCUGUAGAAGAUGUUUUAAAUAUUGCAAAACGACAAGGAAAUUUAAAUCUUCCAUUGAACAGAGAAUUGGUAGAGAAAGUUACAAAUGAAUAUAAUGAAUCAUUGCUCUACAGUCCAGAGGAACCAAAAAUACUGUUUAGUAUUCGAGAACCAAUAGCAAACAGAGUUUUCUCAAGCAGUCGUCAGCGUUGUUUCACCUCAAAGGUUUCUGUUCGUUCUCGUUGUUGGGAUGCUUGUAUGGUUGUGGAUGGAGGAACGUCUUUUGAGUUUAAUGAUGGAGCAAUUGCUUCCAUGAUGAUCAAUAAAGAAGAUGAACUUCAAACUGUGCUUCUGGAACAGUGAAGGAUUUCCUCAGAUGACAAGAUUAUGACUGAAUAUUUUCACUGUGGAAACAAACUACCAGUCAUAAAGCUACAUACUUUUGGUUAUUUUUGAGACUGGUUGGCUCUGGACUCAAAAGUGACCCAAAAAGCGAGACUCUCAUUAUUCUUCUGUUGGAUCUUAGUAAGGAAUAUGUUCAGUGUGUAAGAAAAUGGACUAAACUGAUUAGUAUUAACUGAAAUUUUUGUAUUGUUUACAAUUGGUAUGCAGAGUACUGACAUCUUUUUAAAUUUAGAGGUAGGCUCAAAUAAAGGAUUAAAUGUUUAGGAUAUGAA